CUGUGUGGUGUCUCAGCCGUCUCAGAGCUGAACCCUCAGAAGAUUACGAGAUGAACAGAGAGAUGCUUUAUGCUGCAGUGAUCGUCCUCCUGCUGCUCAUCAGCACCCAAGAUGCAGCAGAUGUGUUUGAGGUUUCUGACAGCAGCCUGGUGAUGGUUCAGGAGGAAGAGUCAAAAGUCCUGCUGAGAUGUUUACCCAUAAUUCCGAGCUUUACACACUUCACACUCCACAAGGCAAAUGGAUCUGCUCCUUCUCCUCAUCUGAACUUUUCUCUUGAUCCCAAAAAGGGUAUAGAAAUCCAAAAUCCAAGGCCGAGUGACAGCGGCGAAUACGUCUGCAGUGUGCGAGUGAACGAAGCAUGGAGAAAUUCACCAGUGUUCAGUAUCACCAUCAAGAAAAAAGUGCGUUUUCCUCCUGCCGUGUUUGUGGAAGUAGACGAGUGUAUCCGAGUUGUUGGAGAGAAACUGCAGCUCACCUGCAACACCACCAACCCCGAUCACUCCAUCAAGAUCCAAUGGCAAAACUCCAACAAGCAGAUACUUAAGGACAAAAUUAGGGUGAAGAAGACUGGAGAUGUGGUUGAGAUGGAGAGUGUGGUCACUCUUCCUCAUGUGAACAUGUCUAACGCUGGGAAUCUGACCUGCAUCGCCACCAACAGGGCCGGAAAAACCUUCAGCAUCAUCUCACUCCGAAUCGCAGAGGAACCGUUUGUUUCUCUGAAGCCGAUGAAGCCGAAGGGUCUGAAUGGCACAGUGGAGCUGAUGGAGGGAGAGACGCUGGAGCUGAUGGUGGAAGUCGACGCUUAUCCCACCAUCCAGGAUGGGAGGUGGAGCACACCACGGCCUACAAACUCCUCCACCUACACUGAGACGCUCUCCACCAUCCAUAGGAGUUACAGACAAAUUGCUUCACUAAUCAUCAAGAGAAUCAGAGCAGAUGAGAGCGGCUGGUACAGCUUUAACGCCAGGGGUGCCAAUAUUUAUGCAACAACUUUCUUUAAAAUCUAUGUCUCCCAUGUUUCUCAACCUUCUCCUGAUCUCUGGACAUCUCGCAUUUUCCUCACCAUCGUCAUAGCAACCACUGUUACAGGAACGCUGUUCUUCACUUUGUUGGGAGUGUGUGUGUACAGGUGUAAACAGACACCAAAAUAUGAGAUCCGGUGGAAGAUCAUUGAAGUGAGUGAUGGAAAUAAUUACACAUACAUUGACCCGACUCAGCUUCCCUACAACAGCGAGUGGGAAUUUCCCCGAGACAGACUUACGUUCGGUCAGGUGCUGGGCUCCGGGGCGUUUGGGAAGGUAAUGGAAGCGACGGCGUAUGGUUUAGAGAAGGACGAUUGCGUCACUCAGGUGGCCGUGAAAAUGCUGAAGUCCAGCGCUCACUCGGAGGAGAAAGAAGCUCUGAUGUGUGAGUUGAAGAUUUUGAGUCAUCUCGGCUCUCACACGAACAUCGUCAACCUGCUGGGAGCCUGUACACAUGGAGGUCCCGUGUUAUUAAUAACAGAGUUCUGCAGUCAUGGUGAUCUCCUCAACCUCCUGCGCAGAAAAGCUCCAUAUUUUAUGACCUCAGCAUUUUACACACAGGAGUUUUCUCACAUCUACAAGAACCUGGUGCACAACCAUAAGAGAUGCAACCACCAACACAGUUACCUGGACAUGCAGCAGGGUCAAAGGUCAAGAGACUGGACACAGGGAGAGAAGAGUGGAGAAGCAGGAGAUCCUUUAGCACUGAGUCUGGAUGACUUGAUGAGAUUCUCUGUUCAUGUGGCUCAGGGGAUGGACUUCCUCGCAUCCAAAAAUUGUAUCCACAGAGAUGUUGCUGCUAGAAAUGUGUUGGUAUCCGACUCUCUGGUGGCUAAAAUCUGUGAUUUCGGUUUGGCACGUGACAUCAUGAGCGACUCGAACUACGUGGUGAGAGGAAACGCACGGCUGCCGGUGAAGUGGAUGUCUCCUGAGAGUAUAUUUGCGUGUUUGUACACGGUACAGAGUGACGUCUGGUCGUAUGGAAUUUUGCUGUGGGAGAUCUUCUCUCUCGGGAGGAGUCCGUACCCUGACGUGGUGGUUGAUGCUCAGUUCUAUAAGAUGAUUAGAUGUGGUUAUCACAUGUCCCAGCCGGAGUUUGCUCCUGAUGAGAUGUAUAAGAUCAUGAAAAUGUGCUGGAGUCUGGAGCCGACUUCGAGACCCACCUUCCACAAACUCGUCCAGAUCAUCACAUCACUACAUCCUGACACCUCUGAGCGACAGCAGCAGCAGCAGCAGCAGCAGCAGCAGCAGCAUAAGGACAUUCAGCAGGAGCUCACACAGAAGUUGGAGAUGAUGGCUUGCGAAAGUGAGAAUAACUGCAACAAAACACCAGAGGAGCAACGACCACUUACACACUCUAAUAACUAUCAGCUCUACUGAAUCAGGGGAUUAGUGUUGAUUAGUGUUGCUCAGGAACACUGUACACAACAGAACUGUCAGUGUUUGUGUUACAGCAAAAACCCACAGAUAGCAUUAGCAUUACAGUAUGGACUAUAACUGUGGUAGAAAGAUGUGAAACUUUUAACACUGAGUCAUAAUAACACAUUUGUGUUUCUGUCAGGGGCGUGAUUAAACACUCUCAUUACACUCUCAUUACACUCUCAUUACACACUCAUUACACUCUCAUUACACAUUUAUUACACACUCAUUACACUCUCAUUACACACUCAUUACACACUCAUUACACUCUC